AUGUCGAAGAAAAAACGCAUCGGAGGUCUCUUCGAUAUUGACAAUGCAAGGAAGAGAGUGAGCGAAGAAAAUGAUUGCGUGAAGCGAGUUAAAGACCAAAUCGAAGCGCUUCAACAAUUUGAUCUCGCCGACAUGCUGUUGUCUAAAUUUAACGGAGUCGGAAACGCUUCAACUUCUUUCUGCCAAGAUGACCUUUCAAGGUGUAUGUAUUCUUAGGAAAGCUAUCAAAAAUAUUCCAUCAAAUGUGAAGAGAAUGAUGGCGGGUCAGUCCUUAUGAGCAAAUUUGAUAUGGGAUACGUUUAAUGCAUUCCACCAACUGCCAGCCUUUACUAAAGCCUUCUGUUGAUCAGCUUUCGAGCUAUACACUAAUUUUGGAACGCUGGUGUUCGUCUUUCCUUGCCCUCGAAGAUUUGACGAAGCAUGUAAGUGAAACAUAUAUUUCACCGCCGCUUUCCUCGUGCAUUAGAUGCGACAAACUCCUCACGAUGCAUAACCUCCCGUCAAAGGCAACUUUGUAUACCCUGGAUGGCCCUGUUCUUUGCGCGAAGGUCUCUCUUGAGUGCAAGAAUUGCCUUAUUCGUUUUGGAGUGUGCAAUUACAGCGACGAAAUUGGGACACAUCUGUAUCCAGCAGAUGUAGAAAACCACAAUCGUUUGGUAGAAGUGAGCAACGUUACAUACUUCGACAUCGCCUUGUACCGUUGGAUUCCAUCAUUGAGGUAAUUUCAAAUUCUAAAGUUUACUUUGUAAAAUCCAAAAUGUAUGCACUAUAUAGUUUAUAAUAUGAAUGAUUUAAUAUUGAGGGAUUUAACUUUUGUUUUUAGCAACCACAGUUGGGUGUUGUUUAGCAGCUUCUCUGAGGCUUACAAUGAAAUUUUUCAACAGCAGAUAGACUCUUUUGCUUUCCGCUUAGAAGGUAUGUUGUAUUAUUAAUCCCGUUUCUGCAUUACUGCUACUUUAUUUUACAAAUAAUAGCACAAACCUUAAUCUGAUCGCUUUCCACCUACAGCAAAGUUUAUAUUUAAUAUCCAAUCAAAAUGUUGCAGGAGAAAUUUAAAUUUCAUACGACAACAAUCUAUUAAUCCCCGAGCCGACGGCGCGAAGCGCCGUGCGAGGGUACUAAUUCUCCCCAGCUAUUUACACCCGGGGAAACGAAAGCAUUAGCGAAAUCGAAAGUUCAUCAAAUAUCGCAGGCGUGGCUCACCAACGAUGUUUCGGUGGGUGGUCAUCCUCACUGAUCUCAAAAUAUGUGGCGGACUGUCAUGAAUAGCGAAAACUGAUUGGUCCAAUUUAAAGUUUGCAUUAUAACGACUGCAUGACGACAGCGAAAUAGCAAACAUUUCUUGAUUUGAUGAUUGAUAAAUUUCUUGCAAAUAUCACAAAUAUAUUUCAUUUUUGCUCGCAUUUUUGCAAGAUUUUGUAAAUUUCAAGAAAGAAAGGGCGAAAGAAUCGGCUAAAAGAAGUGAGCCGACGUUAACGAAGGUAAGUUUGAUUUAAAUAUUGAUUUUAUAAUGGAUUUUAUAAUUUAAAACCCGACGGCCUUUGCAUAUAUGAAACAACUAAACAAGGCCGCAUAUUAUUUCAGUGUAUCUUUAGUAAUGCUUUGUGCAACUCAGGCAUGGCGAGCGGACGUGUCUUUCGACGCUACGUUUAAAUACUUCAACUUGCCAGCCCUAGGUUAAUAAUUUUACUUUAUAAAGCUACAAAACUAAUAAAUAAAUGCUCUGAAUAGCGUCUUAUCACGACUACAUCAGUGGCUAUGAGGCAGCUGAAACAACAAGUUACGGAUAUUAUCAUGAAGGAUAAUGAUCUUCUUAAACUAAUUGCUGAAGCGGUGUCCUCGCUAAUAGUGGAAAAACUAUCUAGUGACAAAGACACGAUCAUAAAGGUUGCAGAAACUAUAACCAAGCAACCAGAAUUUGAGAAUGCCUUAAAAACGAAUCUAAGCGAUCAAACAAAUGUUAUCAAACAAGAAGUAUACGAAUCUCUCGUCUUUGAUAAUAACGUAAUAAAAGAGCAUAACGUUGAACUUAAACAGACUUGCCGAAAUCUUCAGGACAAUAUCGACAACUUAGUGCUGGAAAUCGACGCCCUUGAGCAGUACGGAAGACGAAAUUGUUUGCUGAUACACGGCGUUCCAGAGACACGUAGCGAUCGGGGGAAUUCUGUUGAAAACACUGAGGCUCUUGUCCUGGGUGUCGUGAAUAACAAACUUGGUCUUGGAAUGGAUUCCUCUACUCUGGAUAGAUGUCACAGACUUGGUCUCGGAGGUGGUAAUCACGAAGCAAGAGGUGGUCAGUCACGUCAAAAAUCUCGGCCUAUUAUCGUUAAGUUUGUAGCCUAUAGCGUUAGAUCGGAGGUCUUCAGAUGUAAACGAAAGCUCAAGGGUACGGGAAUGGCAAUCACAGAGAGCCUAACUAGGAGACGGAUGGAAACGUACAAAGCAGUCUUCAAACAUCGGAAUGUUCAGUCGUCGUGGACAAUUGAUGGUAGGAUUGUAGCUCUAAGAGCGGAUAAUCAAAAAAGGUUAUAA